AUGUGCCCGACUUCUUCGUUUCCGUCUGAGUGCCCGCCACUGCACUCUGGGCGGCCUGGCGUUCUCGGUGCGGAGGGAGAACGUGUACGUGCAGCCAUCGGAUCAGAGCCGACUUCUGUGCGUCCUGUAUCGGACCAUGAUGCCUGCGGAUGCAAGCGGUAUGUGGUGGCUCGCCACGUGGUGCUGGGGCCUUGCAGCCGACGGCCGGAGAGGCAUACGGGGGCCGGCUCGCUCGGGGUCUUGUUUUCCAUGAGCCCAUGUGGCUCGGGCAAGACUAGUCUAAUACCCUUUUUUCUCCUCGGCGGAAUGGGCGCUGCUCCGUUCUUGGUUUCAGCGAAUGCGUUGCUCGACGGUCUCCAGUUUCUUUAUUGCUGUGCUUCUGUUCUGUUCUCUGCGCCCUCGCAGCCGCGCGGCAC